AGAGAAGCAGAGAGAAAGAACGAGAACUGUGCUGUGGAAAAGCAGGUGUGAUUCAUGAAUAAACUAUAGUUUGCAACCCUAUGGGAUACUGAUGAAACAAAUAGAAUUUUCACAGACAUGGAUAAUACAAGAACACAAGACACUUUUUCACAGUUAAGCCAGGAAAAAAUCCUCAAAAUUAUGAACAUGGUGAAAAAUAAAGAAGUGAGCAUUGAAGGAGCUUUACAUUUGGCACAGAAAGAAGUGUAUGCUGAAAAGGAUUCACAGGAUUUGCUAACUGGCUCACAAUUUAACUUCGUUAUCUACAAAUACAAACACUAUCGGUGGCAGAAACGUAUUUUGCAGAUUGAUUUCAACACAAAGACCAUUUUUAACAUUGAAAAAGGAAUUAUUAAGAAGCAGUUCCCUUUCUCACAAGUCAAAGCCUGUGAAGAUACUGAAAGGAGGCGCUUCAGCAUUGUGUUUCAUGGGCGACAAGAUUAUGAGCUGGAAGCAGUGUCUCUUGAUGAUAAAAGGAAGAUAAUAUACCUUCUGAGCAGAGUUAUACAGAGCAAUUCGUACAAGAGACCAGCAGAGUCCUGCUUUGGAAGACCUGCAGAAUAUGAUGUGAUACAUGAAGGACUGCUGGAUUUGCAGCAAAACACUUUUACAUCCGCUGAAUGGGUGAAGUACUUGGUACAACUACGUGAAGGAGAAUUGACUUUAUAUUGCAUAGGUCUGGGAGGAAAGAACAAGUCUGCAGACCCUGUAACAAAUACAAUUAAUUUGUCAGGUGGUAAUGUGAGUGUCAGCAAGGAGAAUGGAUGCAGUACCUUUUCAGUCCAGACCAAAGAACACAAUUAUUUGUUUCGAAUACCCUUUACUGUCCAAAAUAACAGGGCAGAGGAUGUUGGCAAGCUCCAGAACGAAUGGGUGUCUCUCAUAGAAAGGUACUGUCCACUGUGCAAGGGUGCCUCAGUGCCUCAGGAGCGAUCUGAAGGAUGCACCUCCUCUGAAGCUGAUUAUGAGGAUUUUACUGUACCUCUGAAUGAACAGAAAGAGGAGGCCCUCCUCUUAGGUGUGAGUUCUGCAACAACCAGUCUGAACAAGUCUUCAAGUUCUCAGACAAAGCCUGCAGAGGCGGACACAGCCCCAGCAUCAACAUCUCUUCCACUUCCCAUAAGUAAGGCAGAGGUACCACCAGCUCCACCUGCAUUCCCGCAGCCCUGCAGCCUCUCUCCAUCGACAAAGAGAACCAAAGCCUUUCACUGGGAUGUUGUUCCUUGUGAUAAGAUUCAAAAAUCUAUCUGGGGAUCAUGUGACCCAUGCAAGAAAAAAAUAGACGUAUCCAGACUCUGUGAUCAGUUCCAGAUCCAGGACAUGGCAGCAUUUUCAAGCAAUGAACCUUCAGUGAAUCAGCACAUCAUGUUAGAUCGAAAAGUUGCACAUAACUUCAAUAUUUUUCUUAAAAGUUUCCGUAUAAAACCAAGCCAGCUGAAAGAAAAACUGUACAUUAUACAUGAAGAGAGUGGUGGACUUACAGAUGAGCAGAUUACCGCACUAAGAAGAUACAUGCCAACACCAAAAGAUGCAGAAAGGUAUCAGUCAUUCAAGGGGUCUCCUUCAGAGCUGCAUGUGGUUGACCAGUUUAUGUUGGAGAUGUGCAAAAUCCCCCACUUAGGCCAGAGGCUGGAUCUCCUGCUUACCGUACGUGAGCUCCCUGUGAGCAUGAGAGAUUUGGAGCCUCUAAUAAACCAGAAAAUCCAAGCGAGUAAGCAGCUGCAAUCCAGCCAGAAAUUUGUUGCUGUCUUGGAGUACAUUUUAGCCAUUGGCAACCAUUUAAAUGAAAAGGCAGGAAAAGAGAGGGCUAAAGGAUUUCGAUUGUCAUCUUUGACCAAAUUACCUCUGCUGCGGGGUAAGGAGAGGACAUUCACCUUGCUUCACGCCCUUGUGGAACAGAUCUUCUUACAUGAGCCUGAUUUGGCUAAAUUUUCUCAGGAGUUGACAGAAUUUGAAGCUGUUCCUGAUGCUUCCAUGAAAGGCCUCAGUGCUGAAGUUGAUGUUUUAAAAAAAGAAUUGGAAAAUGUUAUUGAGUGCAAGCGGCUUAUUAAACCCAAGACGAUCAAGGCAACACCCCAGGAGUCACAGUUCUGGAAGGAACUAAAGGCAAAUAGGCUGGAUCAG